AUGCUUAUCAGUAGCAAAAAUUCCCGUUCCGACUAUAGCAAGAUUCAACGACAUGGUUUUUCCGAAGUGGAAAAUUUCAGGACCACAGUACCUUUUAGUAGUCGACGCGCCGCACCGGAGCACUGCAUGUUGCAUCGAAUACUCCGCUCGCACAAUUGGCGCCCUCCACGCUACGCGGGGGGGGGGGUCAAAGUACUUCGCUUGAUGUUAUAUGCCGUACGAAUACAUAUUUUUUUUUCUCGGCUCGUUAUGGUGCAGCAUAUGGAGGGUACGCCACAAAGUAUAGAUAACGGCGGUAAGCACAAAGUUCAUAUAGCGAGCGAGUCUACCAGCAAGGAUGCUCCUUUGACAGAAAGCGUUGAUCCUGAAGCAAAUGACAUGAAAAUAGAUGAAGUCGAACUACGUUUAGAAAGUUACAAAACUGCAAAAGAAUCAUCAGAAUUGUUAGCAAACUCCGGAUCUGAUUCUGACGAUGAUUAUGAUCCGGAAACUGCAUUUACAAGUACGCAAAUAAGCGCCGAUAACACUAUUAACGAUGGUGAAAAGAGUGUGAUCCGCGAACCGCAAAAUAACCACAUCCAAGCAAAUGCCGACGAAAAAUAUGACGAUUCGUAUGAUCCUGAAGCCACUUUACCAGUUGUACGUUUGCCUUUUUCCGGCUCUGGAUUACCUCCUAGACCGAUUAUCCCACCUGAAUUUUCUCGAAUAGACGUUGAUCCCCAUAUCCAGUUUCGCGCAGCUUAUGAAGCGGUGAUGCGAAGUAAAUUAGUGAAAAGUAAAGAAUUCCAGGCUCUUAGUGAGCUUGAUCAAAAAAAGACAAUUUUGGGCGAGUUGGUGAGAAGUAAAGUAAAGCUUGUUGCAGGCCUCACACCUGAAAAAAUUGACCGAAUGAAUUACGACCAAAUCUAUUCAUUCAACGAACCAGCAUUGUUAUGGAACCAUACCAUUCCCUUAAUUCCCUACAAUGAAUAUUGCCGGAGACCUAAUUUAACCAUACCCAUGUCUGCGGAUGAAGAACUAGCGUACAAUGAAUUUCUCAAACACCAAGAAUCCUACACUUCGUCUAUUCAUCGACCACUGGGUGACAUCCGGUUGUUUGUUGGCAAUCUUCCUGCGACAGUAAGUGCAAAAGACCUUUACCGAAUAUUCAGUCAGUACGGAAAAUUGCAUGAGGUAACUAAUCGUUCCUUAUUUGCAUUUAUUCACUUUCAUAAUGAAGCUGAUUGCAAAGAAGCAAUUAAAGGGGAGCAUGAUGUUCCUUUGUUUGGAAGAUAUUGGAGACUAAAUGCGACGCCCGCGUUCCCAGGGAAAAAGUAUCUGGAAGCAGCUCGCGGUCGUGAACGUUCGGUAGAGGAAACACCCCCAGGCAUGAAAAGACAAAAAGUAGAUGUGAAAGAGCAAGAUGUGGAAUUGAAGCAACAAAAAACAAAUGAUGGCCCGAUUCAAUGUCAAAUAUUUGUUACGAACGAGUCGUCAGGUCACAAUACUGCGAAGUUGAAGCAACUAUUUAUCGAAACCGGUAUUACUUUCCAGGUGGAAGAUAUUGAAGAUGAGGACUUGAGCGAACUUAUCAGUGAGGUUGCAUAUUCUGGUGUUCGGAGUGCAUGUAUUGUUAAAGAACAUGCUGUGGACUUACAAGUAUUUGAGAAGACCAAUGACGAUGGAAUAAGGUUCGACGAAUACGCAGGUAUUGAACCUACUGUGGCAGUAGAAGUCAUUCAAAACUCAUCCUCAAAGUCUACCACAGUCGAGCCAGAGCCAGCGCCAGAACCAGCUUCAGAACCAGCUUCGGAACCAGCACCACAGGCCGCACCACAACCAGCACCACAAACAAUAUACCAAAGCAUCAAAAAGGAUAGAGGAGGAAAUGACACGACUUCAAGAGUUAGAAGUUCCAGAAAUGCAGCUCUGCUUCGCUCUGGAGAUCUGAAAGGUCACAAAUCCCUGUUUGCUGACAUGUAUGGACCGACUACUUACAGUCCUCGUCAAAAGUCUUAUUCUCCUACUCCUAAAAUUAACAACCAAGCUCAGCAACCUCAAGCACCUCAGGGUCCACCAAUUGGGAAUCAGCAUGCAAAUGUUGGUUAUUCACAGCCAAAUCAAUACCAUCAUCAAACAUAUCAGAAUGGAACUCCAGGUUUCCAAUAUAACCCCACCAUCCAAAAACCUUCCGUGCAACCAUUCGGCGCUCCUCCGCAGGGGCAGUAUGCUCCACCACCGAGCGUGAACUCUAAUAUUCCGGUGGCUACUACUCCGUAUCAGAACUUUAACCAGGUGCAACCCUCGGGGCAAACUCAGUUGUUGCAGGCAUUGCAAAAUUUAGAUCCAACGACAAUGCAACAGAUGAUAAUGUUUUUGCAACAACAACAGCAACAACCGCAACAACCACAACUACCACUCCAACAACCACUCCAACAACCACUCCAACAACCACUCCAACAACCACUCCAACAACCACUCCAACAACCACUCCAACAACCACUCCAACAACCACUCCAACUACCACUCCAACAACCACUCCAACAACCACUCCAACAACCACUCCAACAACCACUCCAACAACCACUCCAACAACCACUCCAACAACCACUCCAACAACCACUCCAACAACCAUUACAACAACAACCUCAGCAACCAUUUCAACAUCCACCUCAGCAUCCACUUCAGCAACUGCAACAACAACCACUACAGCAACCUCUUCCAUACCAGCAGGCAACACCGUAUAAUUUGGCCUCCAAUGUUUCUGAAUAUGCACCGACUUCUCUGUCGAUACCUUCCACCCAGGUUUCUACUCUUUUGGCCCAGCUCCAGACCAAGAAAGGAUAUGAUAUCAGUUCACCUCAGCUGAAGGUUCUUUCCGACACAUUGGCAAAAUUGAGUAAGCAGUAG